AUGUGGAAAAAUACAAAACCUAGGCAUCUUGCCUUCCGAGCACACGAUCGACAUGUUAUAACCUGUUUACAAUUUGAUGCGGACAAAAUUAUAGCCGGUAGCGACAAUACCAAUAUCAACGUGUAUGACACCAAGACCGGAGCGCUUCGAGCAAGAUUGGAAGGCCACAAGGGUGGUGUAUGGGCACUGGAAUACCAUGGCAAUACUCUGGUCUCUGCGUCGACCGAUCGCACUAUCCGAGUAUGGGACAUUGCGAAAGCCAAGUGCACCCAUGUGUUCCAAGGUCACACGUCCACAGUACGGUGCAUAAAGAUAUUGCUCCCAGUUCAAAUUGACAAGAAUUCAGACGGUACACCAGUGAUGACGCCCGAACAACCCCUAAUCAUUACGGGUUCCCGUGAUUCGACCCUGCGGGUUUGGAAACUUCCUCAACCAGGCGACUCGGAAUAUUUCCCUCCUACCGAGAGCGACUCGGAAUGUCCAUAUCUCAUCCGUGUAUUGACUGGUCACCAACAUUCCGUGCGAGAAAUCGCAGCCUACGGGGACACCCUAGUCAGCGGUAGCUACGAUUGUACCGUACGAGUUUGGAAAAUAUCCACCGGAGAAUCACUACACCGGCUAGAAGGCCAUACAUUCAAGGUUUAUAGCGUAUGUUUGGACCAUGAGAGAAAUCGCUGUAUCAGUGGAUCGAUGGACAACACGGUCAAGAUAUGGUCUCUUGAUACAGGUGCGUUGUUAUAUAAUCUUGAAGGCCACUCAUCGUUAGUGGGCCUCCUUGAUUUGAAAGAAGAUCUGCUCGUGUCUGGCUCUGCAGACUCUACACUCCGAGUUUGGAACCCAGCGAAUGGCCGUUGUCAAAGCACGCUGGGUAGUCAUACUGGAGCGAUUACCUGCUUUCAGCACGAUGGUCAAAAGAUAGUCUCUGGUGCUGAUGCGAGCUUGAAGAUGUGGGACAUACGGACUGGUGAAUUCGAAAGGGACCUUCUCACCGACCUCAGCGGCGUCUGGCAAGUCCAGUUCGAUAACCAGCGUUGUGUUGCAGCAGUUCAGCGUGAAAGCGUGAGUUAUAUCGAGGUUAGUACGCGUCCGCCUGAUAUCCCGUCCAUUUAUAAUUUAUUAUUCAUGAAGAUUCUCGACUUCGGUGCAUCCCCUGAAACCAUACCAUCUGGCCAGUUCGGGAAGCGGGUUCUAGUUGAUGAGCUCGGUGAUGAGAUCGAAGGCCCGGAAUGGACAGGUUGA